AAAAUAUAUCAUGUGGUUCUCUGGUUUCUUUAAUAUUUAUCGCGGUUUAUUUAAUCAGCUUGUUUUCGUAUAUAUUUAACUAAAUAUACUAACAUAUAUUGUGCAAAUAAAAGUGUUCAGAUCACCUUCAUAAACUGUAUUAUAUUCAUGUGAAGCGUGUUUUCGUUGCGUAGAAUUUUGUUUUUAAUUCCAACUGAUCUAACCUUGUUACCUCAUCGAGUUGAUUUUUAUGGUAAUGGUGUAAGAAGCUAAGGAAAACAAUGAUUCAGCCAUCAAGGAAUAGUCCAGUAAAAUUAUAUAAUCUAUGGAGGAAUAUAAAUUUAAUAAACAAAAGACAUAAAUGUAAUAGUGACCACAAUAUUAUAGCUAGAAAAUAUAUAAAUUAUUUAAAUGUAUAUGAGCACCAAAGAAUAUUAAUACAACACAUAAGAGUUCAUUCAACAGGAAGUGAUUCACAUAGACAAAAAGUUGUCAUAGAGACAACAAGACCUAAAAUAGUCAUAGACAAAGUAUUGCCAGAUAGAGAAAUUGUGGAUAAGAGAGUAGAUUUUAGAAGUGUACUAGAGCCUUAUGUAAAAUUAGCUAGAUGGGAUAGACCGAUAGGAGUCUACCUCCUCUACUGGCCCUGCACGUGGUCGAUAGCAUUAGCAUCCAUUCCUGGGAAUGUACCGCUGCAGACGACUCUUCAGACGGCCGGCUUGUUCCUGGUCGGAGCUGGUCUCAUGAGGGGCGCUGGAUGUACGAUCAACGAUUUAUGGGACAGAGAUGUUGAUGCUCAGGUGGAAAGAACGAAAGACAGGCCGCUGGUGUCCGGUGCUGUUAGUGCUAAACAAGCUGUGGCGUUCCUGGCGGCGCAGCUUAGCUUGGCGCUGGGAGUGUUGCUGCAACUGAAUUGCUACAGUGUUGUCUUAGGAGCUAGCAGUAUGAUUCUAGUAGUGACGUAUCCACUAGCGAAGAGGUUUACCAACUAUCCCCAAAUCUUCCUCGGGGCGACGUUCAACUGGGGGGCACUGUUGGGGUACUCAGCGGUGCAGGGUACCCUGGUGCCGGAGAUCUGUCUGCCGCUGUACUUCGGAGCGCUGGCGUGGACAAUCGUCUACGAUACCAUAUAUGCCCAUCAGGAUAAAUUGGAUGAUGCACGUAUAGGCAUGAAGUCGACGGCGCUGACGUUUGGCUCGCACACUAAGCCGGCGCUCGGGGGAGCGCUGGCAGCCAGCGUGGGGUGCCUGGCAGCCGCCGGGGCCAACGCUCAGCUCGGCCCGCUCUACUACGCAGCGCUACUUGCCUACACCGCACACGCCGGCAGACAGAUAUACACUCUGGACCCGGAUUCUCCCAACGACUGCGCGAAAAAGUUCAAAUCAAACUCUCUGGUUGGUCUCAUUAUAUUAUUGGGAAUUAUAGGCGGAGGAUACACCCAGUACAUAAGGAAUAGACAAGAGUAUAAAGGUAAAGAAGACUUGUCUAUAUCCAAAAGUUGCAUUUUCAGUUAAGUUGUAGAGAUACUAAU